AUGCACUCCUUCGAGUACAAUGCCAAUCCAGCCCGUGUCGUGUUCGGCAGCGGAAGUAUAAAAAGAUUACCUGAGGAAGUGAAGCGAUUGGGAAAGAGCAAGCCUUUGCUGUUAUCUACACCGCAGCAGAAGGAACAGGUACAAGCUCUGGAGCCGAUACUCAAAGAUGCCGGUAUCACAUCCGCCGGGCUCUUCUCAGAAGCGACUAUGCACACGCCCACCCAUAUCACCAAUCAAGCCCUUGAGUACACCAAGUCCGUGAGCGCUGACUGUGUGAUUUCUUUCGGCGGCGGAAGCACGAUAGGUCUAGGUAAGGCGAUAAGUAUUCGGACAGGACUAGAGCAUAUAUGUAUUCCCACGACUUAUGCUGGGAGUGAGAUGACGCCGAUCCUUGGUGAGACGGAGGAGGGAAAGAAGACGACGAGGAGUGAUGAGAAGAUUCUGCCAGGGACGGUGAUAUAUGAUGUGGACUUCACGAUGACUUUACCUGCUGCGUUGUCGGCGACGAGUGGAGUCAAUGCUAUUGCUCAUGCUGUCGAAGCAUUAUAUGCUCGCAAUACAAACCCAAUCAUGAAUCUGCUGGCGCUUGAAGGCACCAAAGAACUUGCGGAAGCUCUCCCAACCAUCGUCAAUAAUCCUCAAGACAAGGAGGCGCGCUCAAAAGCACAAUAUGGCGCCUGGCUAUGUGGGAUGUGUCUGGGUAGUGUAGGCAUGGCCUUACAUCACAAGCUCUGCCACACUCUAGGCGGCUCAUUCAAUCUCCCGCACGCAGAGACACAUACGAUCGUAUUACCUCACGCGAUCGCAUACAAUGCGCCCAAGAUCCCAGAGGUGAUGGAGAAGCUCGCGAAUGUGUUGCCGGGGAGUGACGGUGAUGCUAUCAAAGGACUGAAUGUACUACUGACUAAGUUGAAAUUUAAGCGAGGUUUGAAGGACUUCGGCAUGAAGGAGGAAGAUGUAGACAAGGCGGUGGAAAUUGCGGUGGGUAAUCCUUACUGGAAUCCGAGGGAGAUCGAAAAGGAGCCUCUGAGGGAGACUAUUCGACGAUGCUGGGCUGGCCAAGAGGCAAAGGCGGACUUGUAA